AUGUCAAACAUAUUCACCUCGUUCAUAGAUUUUGUGGUGGAUUUACCACCAAAACGAAGAUUCUUGCUAUUGUUACUGUCUACACUAUUUAUAGUGUUCACUGUCUUAUUUUUUGUUUUUGAGAAACCGAUAUUAAUAGCUCUAGCACCGUUCGCACAACAAGUUCGAGAUUUACAGUACGGAUACCUAAUAUUUUCGUCUCUCAUUAUAGCUUCCUGUUUUCCGCCGUUACCAGGACUCUUUCGAUCAAUUUGUAAAAAUUAUACUGAUAAAUUGGUUGGAAAAGAUCGAAGGUUCGCCGCGUUGGCAAUUGCGAUACAUGAUGAGGGGUUCAAGAUUAUUUUCCUGAUACGUCUUAGUCCGUUCCCUAUAACCUAUUCAAAUGCAUUCUUUGCCAGUAUCCGGUCCGUCAGCUUUUGGAAAUUCACACUGGCCACAAUACUUACAAUGCCGAAAUUACUGAUUCAUGUGUUUAUUGGAUCACGAUUAGCUAAUUUAACUAAUGAGCUGGACCCCACAUCUCGAUUAAUAAAUUAUCUUUCGAUUGGAAUAGCAGCACGAAAGGCUGCUGGUAAAGGACGAAUGAUUGAGAAAUCAGAAACAGAAAGAACAACAUCCGAAAGUUUCGAUAAAGAGAGUUCAGAGUAUCUUUUCGAGGAUGAAGUGGCUAUAAUGCAGGAUAGUGGAUAUUAUGGUGAGAUGAGUGGGGUGGGCACAAGUAAAAGUGCGCUGAAACAUUGGCCGCAACAGGAGAUUUCAAUGUACGAGAUUGUGAAAUGA